ACUUGGACUUGCGUUGUUUGAUGUUAGAGUCGGGGUCACCAAGGGUCUUAUCUGAAGAACAGGAAGAGUUGAUGCUGGGAGACCUUUCAAGAGUCUUUUUUUAAAACACUGAUAAGAGGACUUGCCAAGUGGCUGCAGAGGAGCAGUCAAAACAAGCCUCACAAGACACAAGGAUCCACUGGUGGUUAGUCAGUAUUUAGGUUUUUACAAAAACUGCUUUUUAAAUAUGAUUUCCUGCAAUGUGCCCCCAGGAGGCGCCUCAUUGGCCUUCGUGUAGAACUGCUUCUCCAUCAAAAAAGGGGAAGAUUUGCUUUCAGAGAACUAAUCACUGAAGAAUGUUAAUCAGUCUUCAUUAUCAGCAGGUCCUCAGUUAAGGCAGGAGGAUGUCUCUUGGUUUUAAAAUGGAUCCUACAAACAGGAGAGAGGUUUCUGUAGUGAGUGAGUCACGUCAAGUGGCCGUUCUUAUCUGUAAAAGAUGGGAUGGCUCGCUCUUACAGUGCUGUCACUAUUCUCAAGGCACGAAGGGCAAGACGAGACAUUUGGGCAGAGUCGGUAAACGACAGCUUAGGACAAUAGGAGCGAAGCAAAAGUUGCUAAUCUAAAGAACGAGCGACAUGUGGGUAUAAAUGAAGAACCAAGACCAAACGGAAGAGGUCCGUGUUCACACCUUCCGCUGGAGUUUUUAAGGUUUUAUCAAGCUCAGUAGAGUGGAGUUUCCUGGAGAAGAGGUGGAUCAGUCCACAGCAGACUGCUUCACUCAAGGCACUUCGUCCCUCCUCGAGGCAGCCAGCAGCCACAGGCCACCAUGACGGAGUGGACUCUGCUCAAACGUCUCCUGGAUGCUGUCCACCAGCAUUCCACCAUGAUCGGCCGUCUCUGGCUGACUGUCAUGGUUAUCUUCCGGCUACUCAUUGUGGCCGUUGCGACCGAGGACGUGUACACGGACGAACAGGAAAUGUUUGUUUGCAACACCUUACAGCCCGGAUGCUCCACUGUCUGCUACGAUGCUUUUGCACCAAUCUCACAACCACGUUUUUGGGUGUUUCACAUCAUCAGUGUCUCAACGCCGUCCCUUUGCUUCAUCAUCUACACAUGGCACAACCUCUCUAAACAGCCCAACAACACCAACGCACCUCCAAGACUGGGACAAGGGCUGGGAGAUUCUUCUCGGCCGACAGAACCUGGUGUAGGACGUAACGGUGGUCGGGAGGCUUAUGAUCGGAGCUGUGACUCCGACAGCUGCUCCAUCCGCUCCCAUAAGCAUUUGGGUCACAGCCUGGCUGAUGUACUGGAGGGUGUCACCACACAGAACCUCCAGAGGGGGGACCUCAAGAACAUAGUUUCCUUGAGCCAGGUCCAGGCUGGCGUCAUAAGAGAGGGAAAUGCAGAGGGUCACAUAGUCUCUGGGGGGGUUUUGUCCAAAUGCUACAUCUUUCACGUGUGUUUACGUGCUGUCCUGGAGGUGGGCUUCGUCCUGGCUCAGUGGAAGCUGUUUGGAUUCCAGGUGCCUGUCCACUUCCUUUGUACCUCAUCCCCCUGUAGCCAACCGGUGGACUGCUACGUCUCUAGGCCCACAGAGAAAACUAUAUUUUUGUGCUUUAUGUUUUGCGUGGGGAUUUUCUGUAUCCUUCUGAACCUCCUGGAGCUCAACCACUUGGGUUGGAAGAAGAUCCGACAGGUAGUGAAGCUGAGGGAACAGAGAACAUGGGGGGUUUAUAAAGGGUUAAGGGAGGGGUAUGAAGCCUUUCCUCCUGAUAGUCCUUCCCUUACAUCCUCAUUAGGCUUCAGAGAUGGGACCAGCACCACAACUUCUCUCCCCAAUUUGGACCUCGUAAUGGAUCAUCAACCGAUGUGGAUAUGUACCGGAAACUGUGGUGUUACAAGGGGACCUGAAGAGGGCAAAGACAUUCAAAACGACAACCAGCAACCAAAAAGACAUGAUUCACAUAAAGGAGAGAAGCAGCCUGUAAAGAAUAAGAGGGAGACCAGAGGGUCAAAGCAGAGGAGUGCCCAGAUCUGGAUUUAGACUGUCAUCUAGAGGAGUGGCGUUGAAGAAGAUGAACUUUUUAACUCCUGCAGGUCAAACUUGGAGUUCCUGCAGAGUUGUUUGUUCAAAGACAAUAUAGUGUUUGAGUGACUUCUCCUUGACUACACUGUUGCAGUGCCACCUAUUAGCCUUAUCUAUAAAACUGUGUGAGUUUCUGUGAAAGUAAAUUGUUAUUUUAGUGUGGUUGUGUGAACUGUUGCCUUCAUCCACUGUGCAUGCCCGUAGAACACACUGUUCUCUGAGGAGGCAAUAUUUUAUACAUUACGCAGUUUAAUUCAGGGGCAAAUUAAUAAAAAUUCAUUACGCAGGGUUAAAAUGUCCUCAUAUAGAUUGACAUAUUCAGUACUCUGGUGAAUGCCUUGUCUUCUCCCCCUCCUGUGCUCUUCCUGUAUCAUUCUGCAAUUGUUAAUUAAAGGUUUACAUAUUGAGAAUAUUGAUGAGAAUUAAUAUUUGGAACAAAGACGGUGUAUUUAAAAUGAAGGCCUUGGAAACUGAGCACUAACUCAUCACAUUGAAUUCAUUGCAGACAUUUUGCUCAUGAUGCUUCAUAGGUUUAAUAAUAGCCUUCAGUUAUAUCAACCACUGCGGCUGGAUUCAAUCUGUCAACAGUGUCUCUCCUGUGCAUUACCACGAUGUCUGUCACACACAGCAUUCCUGGGAGACAAGCAUGACUGAACACUAUAUUACACAAUACUGAGGACUUUUUACUGGAAUGUUGUGAUACAACAGACUACCCUGUAGUGAGUAACGUUGUUUUUUAUCUUAAUGUAGUUGGAUUCGUCUUAAGUCAGACAUUUGACCCAACUUGGGUGACUGUAAGUGUUUACCAAUAAAAAGAUUU